AUGAACGGGCCCAUACCGGUCAAUGCGCCGAACAUUGUCAAGUUCGCGGACCACUUUGUUGCGACCACGCCUGAGCCUGACUAUGAUGGUUUCGGACUAUUUGGUUUCGCAAGAAGCAACCGUAAACCAAAAAAGACAAAGUGGAAUAAGUGGCGAAAAAACAACCCUCGAGGAAUCAACAGAGACCAUCUGAUCGACCUCGAGCCUGAUCAUCCCCUCCGUAUGGAAGGACGAAGCGGGGACAAUACAACUUGUCCAGAGACGGACCCGCUUGACCUGUACGUGUCGAAGAACGACUGUCUCACCGAGCGUGGUCCAUUCGUUGGCAUUUACUCAGAGAUCGCAGCGGCGGAGUUCCCCACCUCGUUCGAUCUGAGUACAACUGACGACGCUGGCUCUCAUGGAUUUAACCAGGGUAAAUUCGUCAAAAUGGACCCUGCGGAUUGGUGCACCAACGUUAGUGAUGGUCGUCCAUCGUAUAAGUCUCUCGAAGGCGAUUUCUUUAUCUGGCCCAAUAGUGAACAAGGCCGCUGGUUCUUUGGCUAUGCCAAUUGUGGCAACGGAGCAACAAACUGGUAUCAGCCGAGCCACGCAGGCAACAACAACGAACCUCAUUUCUGGAAUGUUGCUGUGCCCACAUUCAGAAAGUUCACUAAUAUGUGGACAGAUGCAACCAAUCUCCGCUUCUCCGUCAAUACGAUGGGCUGGGAGAUGGAUUCAGACAACAGCACAACUAUCAUGAUCGACGUUUCGGGCGACUGGCAGAUCAAUGCUGGUGAUGGAUCCACCCUGAUUCUGGGCGAUGGCGCUUGCCCUCUGGGAACAUUCAACAAUCACUUGGUCGCCACGGAUCAAGGGACUGCUGAUACUUGCGACCCUCAGCUCACAACAACUACAACAACUUCUACUACAACGACGACAACAACAACCGUUCCAGCAUGCUUCGACGAAGAUUGCCAGAACCUUUGCGAGACUAUUUUUGGGGCGGACACGGAUAAGAAUUGCGAUUGUGAUGGAGGUGGAAAUUGUCGAUUCUGCAAUGCUGGCGAAUACUUUGAUCUUGACCUGAAUGCUUGCACCGCUUAUCCCUGCGUUCAGGCUGAUUGCCAGUCUCAGGCAGAUGCAAUUUUUGGUGCAGGUGCUCGAUCUGCAUGGUGCGACUCAAGCAAUAAUUGCCGAUUCUGUGCGCCCGAUCAGACUUUUGACACUUCUACUGAUGUCUGUGUAACGCCAACGACAACAAGUACGACAACUACUUCAACAACCACAACUGCACCAACCACAACUUCAACAACUACCACAACGACGACAAGCACGACAACAACUACAACAACGACAACGACUACCACAACCACUACGACAACGACGUCAACAACCACGACAACUACGACUCCGACUACUACGACGAACGCUGGAUGCAACGAUGCAGAUUGUCAGGCCCAAGCUGAUGCUAUUUUUGGUGGAUCCCGAACUGGAUGUUCCAACACUUCCACCAACUACUACUCCGGCUACAACAACCACAACGAGUACGACUACUACGACAACAACCACGACAACCACAACAACCACGACAACAACUACAACAACAACUACAACAACCACCACAACCACGACAACCACGACAACCACAACAACCACGACAACAACCACGACAACCACAACAACCACGACAACCACAACAACCACGACAACCACAACAACCACAACAACCACAACAACCACGACAACAACCACGACAACAACUACAACAACAACCACGACAACCACAACAACCACGUCUACGACAAGUACAACGACUACAACAACAACGUCAGCAACCACGACAACCACGACUCCGACUACUACGACGAACGCUGGAUGCAACGAUGCAGAUUGUCAGGCCCAAGCUGA